AUGGACUCACAUGGGUCCCAGGUUAAACUUAAGGGUGUCCCGCAAUUCUCCAGCUUCCGACCUCCCCCUACCUCCCCUCCGGCCGCCGCUACCGGCUCGGAACACGAUCCUCGCCGGCGUCGCUCGGGCCAUCGUCAGCGCGCAGACCGGAAAGAGUCUCCGCGCUCUCGUCGACAUGAAAGGCGUUCGGAUGUUGACCGUCAAAAGGUGAAGGUUGAACAAAGUAAGGAGCGCCUGAGUGGGGAAGGAGUUGACGAUGUAAACGUUGCAAACGAUGCGGCAAACAAAGGAUUUGUCGUCGACAGCCUCGGCGAUCGCGACAAUACACGUUACGGCGUAGAUCGCUACGACGUCCCUGCGUACCAUCGCAAUGGCAAUGGUUUCGUACUUGGGCUCCCCGGCCAGCGCAUUGAUUACAAAACACGAUAUGAUCAAGGUCCCCUGCUCAUUCUUCGCCCCGACUCAGGCUCAUCUGCAACCUCUGCAGCCAAGCCUCUCUCCGCUGAAACCCUAUCUGCUUUGUCCAUAAAUCUUCCCCUUCGCCUCCGGUCUGAGAUUAAUGCCAAACUUGCUGCCGACAACCAACAUGCCCAAAAUUUCAUAUCAACAACAAUCCCAUCGUCUCAACCCGGGCUUGCGCCAAGUGUCAACUUGGAUGAUGAUCCACUGUCAUAUCGCUCCAUCCAUAUCCCGGAUAAGUCUGAAAACGAAGCCGCGGAAGAUUUCGAUGCGACCACCAUAACUCGACUUGCUGUCGAAGCUGAGAUUCUCAAUCGCAAUGCGAAGUUAAACCGUGCAGUGGUGCAAAAACCCAAUGAUAUUCAAGCAUGGAUUCGUCUUGCUGAGCAUCAAGAGCUUGCUGUCACUGGCGACCACACCUCCUAUUACGGCGAUGUACACCUUGUCGCGAGAGCCAAGCUGUAUGUGUAUGAAAAAGCGAUCAAGCUUAACGCACAAAAUCCCGAACGCGACCACCUCGUGCUCGCUCGUAUGGAAGAGGGUGCGAAAGUCUGGGACGCCAAAAAACUGGCAUUGGAAUGGGAAGAAGUCCUCUGCCACAACUCUGAGUUCAUCACUGUAUGGAUUGAGUAUCUUGACUACUGUCAGACUGAUAGCCAGGAUUUCAACUUUGACAAUUGCCUUAAGACUUAUGCCUACUGCUUGAAGACCCAUUCACGAGUCGGCUUCGGACCGCAGAAAAGUCUGGUCAGAUCAUACUUGCUGCUCCGCUUGACCCUGUUUCUUCGAGAAUCGGGACACGUAGAGCUAGCUGUCGGUCUAUGGCAAGCGGUGCUCGAAUUCACAUGCUUCCGGCCAUCCCAUUUAAUGGGAAAGAAGGAAGAGGCCCUAGUGGAAUUUAAAAAAUUCUGGGCGCCUGGGCACGCCCGCAUUGGAGAGCCUCUUUGGAAACCCUGGAACAGUGGAAAACUCUCCCGUGUCCAUGUCAACAAACAUGUUUACACUUCCGAGGCGGAUAUUCGAGACUUGCUCGGAACCUGGGCACCUGCAGAAAGAGAGCGGAUGUUCAAAAAUCGGAUGCCGUCACAUACCUUCGAUAGAUCAAAGGAGGAUGAUGGUUUCCAAGUGGUGCUUCUUCAAGAUUGCACGCAGAUACUGCCAUACUUCUGGGACCUGAAUGAAAGCCUCGGUUCCUUAGUUGAUGGCUUCUUGUAUUUCUGCCAUUUGCCUCAUUUGACAUUCCCCGCGAAUAUGCACACCAGCCGACUAUGGACUGGUGAUAAUUUCCUGCGAAACGAAUACAUGGACGAUCCUCGAAACACAAUCGCGGACUGGAUCAAUUUUCAAAAAUAUGCCGCAACCACCACCCUUGAACCGUUCGCGUUCCCUCAUCAUACCUUCGUUCACACCACCGAUACUUUCUUUGCUGACCCAAAGAUGUGGUUCUCAGCUCUGACGAAGUGGGCUGCAACCACCUCUCAUUCUUCCUGUGUCAUCGAUCCCGAGUUUGUACAGUUGACUCUUCAUGCCCUUGUCAACCUCUUCGGGGACACCCGAUUGGCUGAAUACGCCAUUGCAGUGACCUUCGCAUGUAACAACGAUCUGGGCAAGAAGUACGGAAAAAGGCUCUUGAAGGAGCGAUCAUCGAACCUGAGACUUUACAAUGCCGUUGCGCUCAUGUAUUGGCGAACUGGCGAUCAUGAUACUGCUCACAAUGUGUGGUCAACUGCUUUGUCUAUGAGCCAGAAUUUCGACACUCGGGAGCUCACUGACUCUGCACUCCUGUGGAACUCGUGGAUUUGGGAAAUGCUUCACACCGGGGAAAAGGAACGAGCAUCAUACUUGUUGCAGGCUAUGCCUUACAAUCAAGUCCAGUUACCGUCAUACCAAAAAGCUGAUAAGAUUGAAAUUAAUCAACCCAAUUUUCUCAGGGUUAAGCAGGCAAGUCAUCAUCCGAUGAUCUCAUGCUUGUUUGCGUCUCAGAAGAAUGCCUUGAAGUUCAAGAAAAUGCAAGCAUACGCAGCUUACGCUGACUGCUACGCGAUCACCCUCUACCUUCUGGGCGAGCCACUUGAUGAAGUUCUCGAUGUCUACAAUAACGCAGUCACCUCGCUCAGAGUCCUUCCCAAAACUGACAAUGAUUUCAAGGUGCUCGGCGGAGAAUUGCUACACCAAGCCCGAGCCCGGAUCAUGUACCACUAUGUGGAGAAGCAGAGUGGCCAGUUCAAACCUGCCGACGUUCGUACCGUACUGCUAGAUAGCCUGGAAUGGUGGCCUCACAACACCAUGUUCUUGUCGCUAUUCAAAUGGAACGAGGCUCGUCUGCAACUCACCGACCGCACCCGCGACAUCUUCGACGUCACCAUCGGGGCAAAGGCCAGGGCCGAGCGGGAUCUGCAAGGGCCUGCACCAAUCCACCGUGUGCCCGUCACGACUCACCUUUUCAGCAUCUACGCUGAGAUGGGCCGCCCCAUCAUGCUCGGCUCGACCCCGCAUUCAAUUCGGGCAGCCUUUGAGCGAGCGAUCGGUGAUGACGGAGUCGUCCCGAUCGGGCGGACUCCCACACGAAAGAGCCCCUUCGAGCUGGCAAGCUCGACCUCCGCGCAGAGCAACCUCACCAUCUGGAGGUUGUACAUCCUCUACGAGCUGUACGCGGAGCACGACGUCGGCCGUGCCCGCCAGAUCUACUUCCGGGCCCUGCGCUCCUGCCCCUGGUCGAAGGAGCUGUACCUGCUCGCCUUCGAGCACUUGCGGGCGGACUUGACCAACCGCCUGCCCCCGUGCCGCCUCACCCGGGCCGGGGAGGUCAACCCUUCGGGGUUCAACACUGCAGAGCUUCGUGCUCUGUACACUGAGAUGCUGCGCCGUGGACUUCGUGUCCACUACCAUGUAGAGGGCCACUGGGCCCAGUAG